GAUCCCCACUGGGUCACCCUGUGUAUGUGUUGCAGCUCUAGUUGUUAAUGGACCAGUUGUGUGCGGUGCCACUGUUAAAAUGGGACAAAACACAUCAGGACCAGAGUCCCCAGAACCACCAGAGGACGGACUUGGAAGUAUAAAGACGUUUGUGGAGGACCAGCUUCAGACGAGCAUGAUGCUGGGAAUAGUGCUCGGUGCUGGCAUUGCCAUCGUCCUCAUCGCUGGCUUCAUCUUCUUUGUUCUGCGCAGAAUCCACCUUCGGAACCUUGCAGCUCAAGAAGCUCCCAAGUACCGCUUCCGAAAAAGAGACAAAGUUUUAUUCUAUGGCAGGAAAAUAAUGAGAAAAGUGUCUCAGUCCACCUCAUCUUUGGUGGGAACCUCCUCGUCCUCCUCUCGGCCAAGAUUAAAGAAGAAACAGAAGAUGUUAAACAUUGCCAAAAAGAUCCUGCGUUUUAAGAAGGAGGUGCCCACACUGCAGAUGAAGGAGCCUCCUCCCUCUGUACUGGAGGCUGAUCUUACCGAGUUUGAUGUGGCUAACUCACACCUGCCAUCAGAAGUGCUUUACAUGCUCAAAAAUGUCCGAGUUUUGGGCCACUUUGAGAAGCCGCUGUUUUUAGAGCUGUGUAAGCACAUGGUGUUCCUGCAGUUCCAGCAGGGCGAGUAUGUAUUCAGACCAGGACAACCCGACAACAGCAUCUACGUGGUACAGGAUGGCAAACUGGAGCUUUGUCUUACUGGACAGGAUGGGAAGGAUGGAGUGGUAAAGGAGGUAUACCCUGGAGACUCUGUUCAUAGUCUGCUGAGUAUUCUGGAUGUCAUCACAGGUCACCAAAAGCCGUAUCGGACGGUGUCAGCCCGAGCAGCAGAGGUUUCCACAGUCCUGCGCCUGCCAGUUGAAGCCUUUCUUUCCAUCUUUGAGAAAUAUCCAGAGAGUUUAGUGCGAGUGGUGCAGAUAAUAAUGGUGAGGCUUCAAAGAGUGACUAUUCUAGCCUUGCACAACUAUCUUGGCCUCACCAAUGAGCUCUUCUCCCAUGAGAUGCAGCCACUACGGUUGCCCCCUCUCUCCCCACAUGCUAGUCGUACCAGCCCUGUACGGCACAGCAAGCGCUUUAGCAGCCUUACCGUGCCAGAGGAUCAACGGGAUGCAGCCGUCCGAGAUGCCACUGGUGUAGGAGAACAUGGUAAGGAAGGUAGCGCCACUCCAACUUUAAGCAGGACUAUUUCCAUGCCUGUGGACAUUGCUGGUAUGCAAAAGAGCCUGCGAUCAGAUUUUGACAUGGCGUAUGAAAGGGGUCGCAUUUCUGUCUCUGCAGAAGACGGAGCACCUGUACCACCCACAUUUACACGGGACCAACGAGAGAGGAGGGUAACAGUAGAUGAGGUGCCGUCAGGAGUGUAUCUGUACCCAGAGGAGGAACCCGGCAUGGAGAAUGUUGACGGAUCAUUGCCAGGGCGACCCAGUGCCACUUUGUUUGAGGAAGCUCAGAAAGAGCUCCUCAGACUAAUGAAAAUUGAGGAUCCUGCUCUGCUGAAUGGUCGAGUGACGUUGCAUCAUGCCAAAGCCGGCACUCUUCUAGCCAGACAAGGAGACCAGGAUGUGAGUCUUCAUUUUGUGUUGUCGGGCUGCCUGCAUGUGUAUCAGCGUAUGAUUGAUAAGCAGGAGGACGUAUGCCUGUUUGUAACACAGCCGGGGGAGAUGGUGGGACAGUUGGCCGUGCUGACCGGAGAGCCGCUUAUUUUUACCAUCCGGGCCCUCCGCGACUGCACCUUUCUCAAGAUCUCCAAAUCUGAUUUCUACGAGAUCAUGAGAGAGCAACCCAGUGUGGUACUGAGUGCAGCACAUACCGUAGCAAUCCGCAUGUCUCCGUUUGUCAGGCAGAUGGACUUUGCCAUUGACUGGAUGGCUGUGGAGGCUGGACGUGCUCUCUAUAGGCAGGAUGAUCAGUCUGAUUGCACCUACAUCGUGCUGAAUGGUCGACUGCGAUCCGUCAUCCGGAAGGCCAACGGGAAAAAGGAGCUGGCAGGAGAGUACGGUCGAGGAGACCUCAUUGGAGUGGUGGAGGCAUUGACCAGACAGCCACGGGCAACCACAGUACACGCAGUCCGAGAUACAGAACUGGUGAAACUUCCAGAGGGAACCCUCAACAACAUUAAAAGACGUUAUCCUCAGGUUGUUACUCGGCUGAUCCAUUUGUUGGGUCAGAAAAUUCUUGGAAAUCUUCAGCAGAAUCGUGGACCUUUCUCAGGCUCUGCUCUGGGUUUACCUAGCAUGGCAUCUAGUCCUGAUGUUACCAACCCAGCCAGUAACCUAUCCACUGUGGCUGUGCUACCUGUUUGUGAUGAUGUGCCAAUCAAUGCCUUCAAUCUGGAGCUAAGCCACGCCCUCAGUGCCAUAGGACCUACCUUGUUGCUGACAAGUGACAUUAUCAGAGAGAGACUUGGAGCUUCAGCAUUAGACAGCAUUCAUGAGUACAGGUUAUCUGGCUGGUUGGCUCAGCAGGAGGACAUUAAUAGAAUAGUUCUGUAUCAGACUGACAGCACUAUGACUCCCUGGACUCAGCGCUGCAUCAGACAGGCAGAUUGCAUCCUUAUUGUCGGCCUGGGCGACCAGGAGCCCACUCUUGGUCAGCUGGAGCAGAUGUUGGAGAACACAGCAGUGCGGGCUCUAAAGCAGCUGGUCCUACUGCAUCGUGAAGAUGGUCCGGGUCCAUCCAGAACAGUGGAAUGGCUUAACAUGCGCAGCUGGUGUUCUGGACACCUUCAUCUCAAAUGUCCACGCAGGGUCUUCUCAUGCCGAAGCCCCACCAGACUGAGGGAAGUGUAUGAGAAAGUCUUUGAGAAGACUGCAGACAGGCACAGUGAUUUCUCUCGUCUGGCUCGGGUACUCACAGGAAACAGCAUUGCUCUGGUACUGGGAGGAGGAGGAGCUAGGGGCUGCUCGCAUGUGGGAGUUAUCAAAGCCAUGGAAGAGGCUGGGAUUCCCAUCGACGUAGUUGGUGGAACGUCUAUUGGCUCUUUCAUCGGUGCACUGUAUGCAGAGGAGAGGAGUGCUGUUCGGGUGAAGCAGCGAGCAAGAGAGUGGUCCAAGGCGAUGAAUUCUGUGUUCAAAACGGUGCUCGAUCUAACCUAUCCCAUCACCUCUAUGUUCUCUGGCUCCGCCUUCAACACCAGCAUUUCUAAUGUGUUUGAGGAAAAGCAAAUUGAGGACUUGUGGCUGCCUUAUUUUAAUGUGACCACUGACAUUACAGCAUCUUCAAUGCGGGUACAUAAAGAUGGCUGUGUGUGGCGCUAUGUUAGAGCCAGUGCCUCCUACACCCCUUAUUUACCUCCUCUCUGCGACCCCAAGGAUGGCCACCUCCUCGUGGAUGGUUGCUAUGUAAACAAUGUCCCAGCGGACAUCGCUCGCAACAUGGGUGCCAAAACGGUCAUCGCUAUUGACGUGGGCAGUCAAGACGAGACCGACCUGUGUAACUACGGCGACAACCUGUCUGGCUGGUGGCUGCUGUGGAAACGGAUCAACCCAUGGGCAGAGAAAGUAAAAGUACCCGACAUGGCUGAGAUCCAGUCAAGACUAGCCUAUGUGUCUUGCGUACGACAACUGGAAGUGGUCAAAAAGAGUGCCUACUGCGAGUACAUCCGACCGCCCAUCGACCGCUUUAAGACAAUGGACUUUGGCAAGUUUGAUGAGAUCUACGACGUGGGCUUCCAACAUGGGAAGCUGCUAUUCAGUGGCUGGGCACGUGGUGAUAUCAUUGAGAACAUACUGAAGGAUCACCGCUCGGCAGACUACAAUGACAGCAAGAAGACAGACAGUUAUACUUGUCCUGGUGCAGAUUUCACUGAUCUAGCAGAGAUUGUAUCCAGGAUUGAGCCGGUGCCGAUCUUUGUGGGAGCUGAUGCAGAAGAGUCAGAUGGGCUAACAGAAUAUGAGGAGGAUGGAAUGGAUGGAAUGGAUACUGUGAGAGAGGAGGAAGGUGAGGAAGAGGAGGAUGAAGCUGAUGAUCCUGAGGACCACUCACCUGGAGAUUGGGGAGCAAACGACAUCUUUCAGGCGGAUGAGGAGAAAUCAAUCCGGCAGAGGAGGAAGAACCAGAGUGAGUCCAACACAUGCUCUGAGCUUUCUGAUUGCUGACAUUACAAGACAUGCAAUGAAAAGGGAGAAGUGUUCCUCUGAAGCAGACUGGAAAAGAAGAAUAGCUAGAUCACAGAGGAAGAUGAAUCGAUGAUAAACCAAAGAUAAAUUGACUAAAAAAGAUCUGGGAAAACUGUGCUGGUGCUUCUCUCAUUUUUUAGAGGAAAACAGGUUGUUUUGAAGAAAAUCAUACUGGAUUUUGAUGGAUUGGUGGCUUGAGUGUGGAAGAAUCUCUACCUGAAUGAAGGGGCUCAUUUCCUCGGACAGGCAAAAGAUUUUACAGGAGCGAAAUCUUCAGUGACGGCCAGUACAGGACGGACUGUGUGUGUGUGUGUGAUGUCCAUGUUCUUCAAAUGGGAACCUGGUGCGAUUGAAACUCUACGUGUGGUUGGGAGUGAUUGUGUGUGUUUGACUGAAUGUUUACAUUGCUGCUAGAAUCAGGUACAAGUUGGACGCUUAAAAAUGUAGGCGCCAAAAAAAAGUUUCAUGGGGACGCUGUCCAGUAGCACAAAUUAGAUAAACGACUGCAAAACUAAACUUAACAAGUCAGCAUUUUCUGACUGGAGUUUCUUCAGUUCUUCGUCAUUGUGAAAACCCGAAACCAUUUGAACUUUCUAACACUCCUUUUUUUUUCUUUCAAAACAAAUAGUGCAAUAAAAAUAAAUAAUAUUGAACUUAAUAUUGAAACAAGAAAUAAAAGAUUGAGUCUAAAUCGUCCAGAAUGAAGAGAGCAUUUAUAAUCUUCAUCAAAUACAGUACAAUAUAGUAAUAUAUUAAUACUAAAUACAUGCAAUGUUCAGGAAUACAGAAAAAGGUCUGUAAACUUCCAUUAAUAAGUUUUUAAUUGAGGUGAAUCAUCACUGAGCUGCUUGGAACCCAUGAUGCACCAGAGGAAAAAAACACUGACUUAAUGUUAAUAGGUUUCAAGUCUUACAGUACGUGUCCAAUCUGGAAGCUUUUAAUUGAAUGCUGUAUUAACAUUAUUUUCAGAGGAUGAAAGACUGAAAACUGUGGAGUUAAAACAUUAAAAGGGUGAAAUGAAAUGUAGGGAAGGACCAAUAAGAAAAAUGCUGUUUGUGAUUGAAGUAUAGUAACUACGAGCUUCCUUUCAUUAUUAAAAAUGUAAAGAUUUUCCUUUACAUUGUGUGUUUUGCCUGUAUUUAGAUGCUUGCAUCUCCAAGGCUGUUUUCUUUUGCACAUAUUCAUAAAACAAAUGUAAGUAACGAUGCUCACAUGCACUUACUUGUAUUUUGCUUAGGUUUCAGUAGCAAAAUUCCCAGAUGCUCUGUUAGUGGUUUUUAUCCUCCAUCAAAAUUACCAAACAUUUUCAGACCUUACCAUUCAGUUUUUUUUCCCUAACAAUUCCGGGUUCAAAGGUUAAUCUCAUUUUUGUGUAUUUACAGGUUGCCAAAACUUUAUUAUUUUUUUGUUUCAACUGGAUUUUAAAUAGAUUCGUUUUCUAAUAUUGGUUGCAUUUUAUUUUUUACUGAUUGAAAUAGAAUAUUUAGUCAGAUGUGGUUUUGCAGUACUCCAGUGGCUACUGCCUUAUUGUAAAAAUAUUAGUUGUUAACUAAUAAAUACUAAAUUAUUACAAAA